UUUUUUUUAUUUAUUUAUUUCUAUUUUAUUUUUAUUUUUAUUUUUUUUUUCUUUUCUUUCUUCAUUGUCUUCUUGACAUUCAAAAACCAAUUGUUGGUAUGGCCGUUGUCAGUAGUCUUAAGGGGAUAUGGUGGAAUCCUUUUGUAAAUCGACUUGAAAAGUGGCUCCGUGGUUUUGCUGUGGAUGUUCCUGAAGAACCCGACUGGAAGCAAUCGACCAUUGGUUCCUGGUAUAUUCAUCCUAGACAACAUGCCAUUGAGUUAGUAUUCUUAUCAAGCUCAUUUGCAUUUGCAUCCUAUUACUUUUAUGGACGUGCGUUAGGACCUGGGACUUUGAACCGUUAUUUACUGACACAUUUUGUUCCUCCUGGUCAAGCAAGUUGGAUGGAAAAAGGAUUAUUAGCUUCCUUAGUGGCAUCGCUUGGUGUGACUCUGACCCAUAAGAUGAUCCGCAAGAACGUAUUAUUCAUGCUUCAACCUUGUCAUGUCAACUGUCUUUUAUUGAUCUUUACUAUGAUGGCCCGAAAGACUUCUGCCUUACCACAUAUUUUAUUCAAUAUUUAUUUACAUACUCAAUGGGGAGCUAUUGCUGCAUUGGUGUUCCCUGAUUUACGUGAUCAUCAAUAUUUGGGUGAAACAUUCAAUUUUUUUGCCGAACAUAUUUUGAUCUUAUUGGCUCCUGUAUAUAUGAUUUAUAGUCGUCGAUACCUGGUUCUACCUACUUCUCCUGAUAUGGCCUUCCUUUCCUUUUCCUUGUACAGUCUCUUCCAUUCACCUUUGCUUCAUAUUUGCGCUCUUAAAUCAGGUUUAAAUUUGAAUUAUCUUUUUACUCCUCCACCAAGUAAGUCAAUGCCAAAAGGAAGUAUCAUCACUAAUUUUUUUUCUUUUUAGUCAAAUUCUUGCUUAGACUUGGUCCUAAAUAUCGAUUGGCACUCUAUGGAACUGCAUUAGUGGCUAUGUUUACAACAAGAUAUGGUCUCGUCAAUGGCAUCAUGUCUUUCUUACCCCGAAAAACCUUUGGUCUUCUUCAAAAAACUUUAUUAUAGAUUCCUCCUCCAUUUUUAUUUAGACUUUUUUUAUUUUAUUUUAUUUUACAUCAUUAGACAUUCAAACUCUUUCCUUUUUGAUCAUUAUUCCUGAAUUGUUUUUUU